UGAAUGUAUUCCACGUUUACCCUUUUGGCCCUGAACAUUUCCAUGUCCAUACUCCAACUAUAUACGAAACUUUUCGUUUUGGAUUACUUCCUAUGAUGGCUCUCAAGCAAGCGGAAGCACCCUCAGGACUGCAAGACAGCUUGCGUGGCGGCUACAAGAAACUAAACUCCGAUGAAGAGGGUGACGACCAACACCACGCCUCCCAACUGCGCUUCCAGUCUCGAUCUCACAAAACUCACCACUUCCAUGUUCUCGCCGUCUUUAUCCUUCUGAUAACGUCGAGCAUAUUCAUUACCAUCUUUUUUCUCAACAAAGGCAACCACGUCGAGUAUCACAACUUAAGGCCCCUCAGUGACUCAGCAAAUCCCGACAUCAGUUUCUCGGAAUGGAGCAACUGUGGUCAAACAGCUUUGGAAGCCCUUGAUAAGGGCUGUGUAUUUGAUCUUAUGCUCUCGACUUGGAUUCACGAGUCCUGUUACGACGACGAGAUGAUGAAUAGGUAUCUUCUAGAGGGCAAUCACACUUAUUUUCAUGAUGAAGAUAUGGUGUAUGAGAUGCCCGAGGAGGAAGCUAGGCGAGGAGAGUACAAGACUUUAUGGACGGACGGGGAGUUCCAUUUGCGGCACUGCGUAUAUCUGAUGGACAUGCAAUUAAGGUCGUACAAGACGGGACGGCCAAUCGAGGUGUCGAUAUAUGACUUUGAGCAUACGCAGCAUUGUGUUAACAUGACACUUUGGCAUGAUCGGGAUGGAAAGAAGACGAAAAUUCACGCGCUGCAUGGCAGAUGUGGUUUUCCAAAGAAAAGAUAG